CUGUUUACCCGGCUGCAUUGUGGGAGUUUGACCUCCGCCGCCGCCAACCGCCGCCUCAGCUUGCGCCGCCGCUGCCGCCGCGCACGCCAUGGGAGCCGUGACUGACGAGGACACUGGGACACAAGGAGGUGAAGUAACUUGCCCCAGGUUGCACAGGUAGCAUGUUAUAGAGCCUGAGCUCCAAACCAAGCAGUCUGGCUCAGAGUUCUUCCUCUUUCCUGCUGUGCAUCCUGUCUCAGCUACAGCUGCCAUGGUCCUAGUGAGAGAUGAUGGGGGCUGGGACCAAGAGUGACUACAGAGAAGGAGACGAAGUCAUACGGAAGCGUCUCCUAAUUGAUGGAGAUGGCGCAGGUGAUGACCGGAGAAUUAAUCUGCUAGUGAAAAGUUUCAUUAAAUGGUGCAACUCUGGAUCCCAGGAAGAGGGAUACAGCCAGUACCAGCGUAUGCUGAGCACACUGUCCCAAUGUGAAUUUUCAAUGGGCAAAACUUUGCUGGUAUAUGAUAUGAAUCUCAGAGAAAUGGAAAAUUAUGAAAAAAUUUACAAAGAAAUAGAAUGUAGCAUUGCUGGAGCACAUGAAAAAAUUGCUGAGUGCAAAAAGCAAAUUCUUCAAGCAAAACGAAUUCGAAAAAAUCGCCAAGAAUAUGAUGCAUUGGCAAAGGUGAUCCAGCGUCACCCAGACAGGCAUGAGACAUUAAAGGAACUAGAGGCUCUGGGAAAAGAAUUAGAGCAUCUUUCACAUAUUAAAGAAAGUGUUGAAGAUAAGCUGGAAUUGAGAAGGAAACAGUUUCACGUUCUUCUUAGUACCAUCCAUGAACUUCAGCAAACACUGGAAAAUGAUGAAAAGCUCUCAGAGGUAGAAGAAGCUCAAGAAACAAGCAUGGAAACCGACCCUAAACCAUAGAGCAGCCGAUCAGUCACCAUUCCCAAGCAUACUGAAGCCGCGACCUGAUCUUAGUGUGUGCAGAAUCUGUUGUGCUCUUGAGAUAUUUAAAGUUUUGGCAGUGGACUACUUUGCUGCUACAUAUUAAUUCACAGCUUAUUCAUAUUUCUUCACACAAAGGAAGAUGACCUCAUUGUUUUUGUUGAAAUGCCUUUUUUAUACUUGAAAGGUAGGAAGCAACAUCCAAAAAUGUUUAGUAAAAUGUUUUCAAGCCA